AUGGCUCCCAAGGUCGCAAUUUCAAUACCAUACAUGGUGGAAGUAAAGCCUUUGUGGGAUUACUUGGAUAAACGUUUCUGUGUAUCAACCGGACCUCGUCUACAACAACUACGGGCCAAGAUCAUAGGCUGCAAACAAGCGAAGGGAAUGACGAUCGCAGACUACUACAAUACGCUAAUGAGCUUUUACGAUGAUCUUGCACAACUCAAGCCCCCUCAUGGAUGUAAGUGUGGGUUAUGCACGUGUGAUGUUGCUGGGAGGUACGAAGUGGACAAAGCAGAGGAAAAGUUCCAUCAAUUCCUAAUCGGUCUAGAUGACGAUUUGUAUGCUGUCGUGCGUACGAACCUCUUGUCUCAAAAACCGCCAGCCUCAAUUGAAGAUGCUCUGGAAGUGUUGUUACAGGAGGAACAAUCUCGUGGCAUAGCAGCAGGGAAGGCUGCUAAGGAUACCAUUGAGGCCCAUGCCUUUGCGGUUCCCCUUGAUCGAUGGAAGGGCAACAAUGAUCGCUGGAAAGACAAAUAA